GCUCCAGAAGUUGCUGAUUCUCCUCAAGGAGCUAAAUACGUUGCUAAAAUUGACAGUGACAAAGUCAAAGGUCAAAUUGAAUUUUCAACUGCUGCUAAUGGUACUGUUCAAGUUGAUGUUGAUUUGAAAGAUUUACCUGAACAAGGGGGUCCUUUCUUAUAUCAUAUUCAUGAAAAAACUGUUCCUUCCGAUGGUAAUUGUACCGGCACUGCUGCUCAUUUCAAUCCUUAUGGUGGUAAUGAAAAUAAUACUCAACCUCAAGAUAAAGAAGUUGGGGACUUAUCCGGUAGACAUGGUAAGAUUUCUGGUCAAUCUUUGAAAACUUUUUAUAUUGAUCCUUAUCUUUCUUUAAAUAAAGACGAUGCUGCCUUUUUCGCCAAUUUAUCAGUUGUUGUUCACUUGAACAACACCACUAGAAUUGGUUGUGCUAACAUCACC